GGGGAAGAGGGGAAGAGGCGAGGGUAGGGAGGAAGCCAGCGCUAGGCCCCGCCCCGGCCUGCCCUGCUAGCGAGAUAAGACCCCCUUCUGAGCUCCCGAAGCCUGUCUGCCCAGCGCAGGGAACCAGCACCAUGCCCAUGAUCCUGGGUUACUGGAAUGUCCGCGGACUAACGCAUCCCAUCCGCCUGAUGCUGGAAUACACAGACUCCAGCUAUGAGGAGAAGAGAUACAGCAUGGGGGACGCUCCCGACUAUGACAGAAGCCAGUGGCUGAAUGAGAAGUUUAAGCUGGGCCUGGACUUUCCCAAUCUGCCCUACCUCAUUGAUGGGACUCACAAGCUCACCCAGAGCAACGCCAUCCUGCGCUACAUCGCCCGCAAGCACAACCUGUGUGGGGAGACAGAAGAGGAAAGGAUCCGCGUGGACAUUCUGGAGAACCAGGUUAUGGAUACCCGCAUGCAGUUCAUCAUGCUCUGCUACAGUCCUGAUUUUGAGCAGAAGAAGCUGGAGUUCUUGGAGGGCCUCCCGGACAAGAUGAAGCUCUUCUCCCAGUUCCUGGGGAAGCUGCCUUGGUUUGCAGGGAACAAGAUCACUUUUGUGGAUUUCCUGGCUUAUGAUAUCCUGGACCAGCUCCGAAUGUUUGAUCCCAAGUGCCUGGAGGCGUUCCCUAACCUGAAAGACUUCAUGUCCCGCUUUGAGGGCUUGGAGAAGAUCUCUGGCUACAUGAAGUCCAGCCGCUUCCUUCCAAAACCUAUAUUUGCAAAGAUGGCCCAUUGGAGCAACAAGUAGGAUCCUGCGAUGCCUGGAUGACAGCAGGCUCCACCGUGCCCCUCCGCCUCUCCCCUGCAGCGCAGCUGGCUCCCACAUCCAUGCACUGCUUCUCUGAUUCCUCUCUUCUUUCUACUCCCUGCUCCUCUUUGGGGCCUCAUCAGCUCCCUUUCUCCCACCGAGUCCCUUCCCUAAUCAAGCCUCUUAAGUGUCACCUUCCCACUUUUCUUUAUGGAAGUCCCUUUCUCUCCUUGUGCCUGGUCUGAAACUAACCAGACAGUCCUUAGUUCUGAUUGGAGGAGGCUGCCUGAGUCCCUCCUCCGCCUGCCUGGCCUGUAACCUGGUGUGCAGACCUGCUCCCUGCUGUGCUGGGUGCCCCAGCUCUGUGUGACCCUCAAUAAAGCCUGGAAACCAAC